AUGACAGCUGAGAAGUCCAUCAUGGGCAUGAUCGACCUGUUUCACAGAUACACUGGACAGGAUGACACAAUCGAUAAGCCUGGCCUGCUGACAAUGAUGAAGGAGAAUUUCCCCAACUUCCUCAGCGACUGUGAGAAAAGGAAGAGAGAUUACUUGGCCAACUUGUUUGAGAAGAAGGAUAAGAAUGGGGAUAAGAAGAUUCAGUUUUCUGAGUUUCUUUCCACUCUGGGAGAUAUCGGCACAGACUACCACGACCAGAGCCACGGAGCACCGCCUUGUUCCGGGGAAAUCCAGUGA